CUGCUUUCUGACCGACAUCUAUAUUCUUAGAGACCAAGAAUACUGCUCAACUGUCUCUCAAUUGUUUGCAAAUAAUUUUAUUUGGUGAUCUUGAGACGAUUUACUUGGUGGUUGCUUUGCAGCUGCCGUGUUGCCGAUUACAUGAUCGCCCCGACGGACAACGCUCACUUCCUAUUGUUACCAUGACGAGUAACAUGGGAGCUUCGUGCCGAGGCUCCCAGCCGGGGAGCUUCCGGAUCUGACACUCUUCGGAGUAUUUCAAGACGCCAAUGCCACCCCCGCAAUCCCUCGAUCUUCCCAAGUUCAUUUCUAGACGUUGGGAUAAUAUGAUUCACGAUUGUCAAUAAGAAAACAAUCUACAGCGAAGGUCAUCUGUAACAUCCAAACAGAUUUUCUAGAUUUCUUUUGAACCUUUUCGAGCUCCUCCCUUCUCACAAUGGCAGACUCAGGCGAUGGCGAUGAGCGGACCCCUUACUCGGCCUACGCCGUCAGCAUCUAUCAAAACGGCAUUAUGGCAGGCCAAUUGCCAAUCGUGACAACGGAUCCCAACGGCUUGCAGGCCCAGGCCAAGAAGGCCAUGGGCCCAGAGUCCUUCAACUACGUCUUCGGAGGCGCUGGCGAGCUCUCGACUAUGGACGCGAACCGUCUGGCCUUUCGCCAGUGGAAGAUUGUCCCUCGCUUCCUGAGACCUAGCAAUCCUCGGGAUUUGAAAACAGAGUUAUUUGGCGUGACUUAUGAGUCUCCCCUUUUGAUGGCUCCCAUCGGGGUCCAGAGCAUCUUCCAUGAGGACAAGGAGACGGGUCUGGCAGCCGCCUGCGCCGAGUUGCAAGUGCCGUACACGUUGAGCACGGCGGCGACCUCGACAAUUGAGGAGGUCGCUAAGGUCUGUGGCGACCAGCACCGCUGGUUCCAGUUAUACUGGCCCAUGGAUGAUGACAUUACGGGAUCGAUCCUCAGACGCGCCAGGGCCAACGGGUACAAGGUCCUCGUCGUCACCCUCGACACCGUGACUUUGGCUUGGCGACCGGCCGAUCUCGACCAGGCAUAUCUGCCCUUCAUCACGGGCACAGGCAACUCGGUCGGCUUCAGCGAUCCCGUCUUCCGCAAGAAGUUUUCCGAGCAGAACGACGGCGACCAGGUAGAGGACAACAUCAUCAGCGCCUCGCGGUACUGGAUCAGCCAGGCCUUCCCCGGCGAUCACCAUUCGUGGAAGGAUCUGGCGCUCCUGAAGAAGAACUGGGACGGGCCCAUCGUUCUUAAGGGCGUGCUGAGCGUCGAGGACGCCAAGCUCGCCGUGGAGCACGGCAUGUCGGGCAUCAUCGUCAGCAACCACGGCGGCCGACAGCUCGACGGCGGGGUCGCCUCGCUCGAGGUGCUCCCGGAGAUUGUGGAAGCCGUGGGCGACAAGCUCACGGUUAUGUUCGAUUCCGGGAUCCGAACUGGGGCGGACAUUGUCAAGGCGAUCGCUCUGGGGGCUAAGGCCGUCUUCGUUGGCAGACCCGCCAUCUAUGGCCUGGGCAUUGCGGGUAAAGAGGGCGCGAAGGCUGUCAUCGCAGGGCUGCUUGCUGAUCUGGACUUGACAAUGGGACUAUCCGGCUUCAAGAGUCUCUCCGAGCUCAAGCCUUCCAUCCUUCGGCAGGUUCGGUACGGCGGGGAUAUGAAAGCUAACCUGUAGUAUUAUCGGUACCUUCGCUUUCUAAAUGUAGG